GGAACGCACGCUACCGCGGAGAACCGAACGAGGAGGCGGCGGCGGCGGUGACGGAGGAGGAGGUGAAGAAGAAGAAGAUAGGCGAAGGAGGCGAGAAGAGACGCGCCGGCAGACAUGGAGAGUAGACCGGCGCCGCUGCGCUCGCGGCGCGUCUGCCGAUUCUGCUUGACGGACACCGAGCCGCUGAGCUACAUCUACGAGCGCGACCACAACAAGCCGUUCCAGGUGCCGCUCGCGUUACAGAUCAUGUCCUGCGUCGCCAUCGAGGUGUACGCCGCGGACGGGAUGCCGCAGAUGAUAUGCAACAUGUGCCGCUGGAACCUGGAUCGCUCGUACAAAUUCAAGUUGCAGUGCAAGAAGGCCGACGAGGCGUUGAGGGACUAUCCGCUGUCUGGAGUAUUGCCGAGGCCCUUCCCGCCUAUCCCCAGCGAUCCGCCGGAAAUCGGGAGCAAGAGACCGGCCGAGGCGAGAUCGCAGAAUGAGAUCUCGAAAAAGCAACGCACCUCUGACAACGACAGCAGAGACUCUAGAGAGAGACGUGAGACCAGACAAAAUGACAAACAGAAGGCCAACGAGCAUCUUUACGAAGAGGAACAGGAUGGCGGCAGCGAGGGCGAACAGGAAGUGACUAACAUCAAGGAGGAGAGGAAACUGGAGCCGGGAGAGAUCAGAGUGCACGCGUGCGAUCAAUGCGAUCGCACAUUUCCCCUGCGUCAAGCUCUGAUGUUGCACGUGCAGCGCGCCCAUCGCGAUCGCAAUUACAAGUGCACCGAGUGCGAGCGACACUUCUUCACCAAGUACGACCUGAGCAAGCACAUGAGCACACAUUCGGAUGAGAAGCCGUACUCGUGCUCGAUCUGCCAGAAGCAAUUCUCGCGAUUGAACCUGCUGCAACGUCACGAGAAGGUACACAGAGAUGAGACGCGUUACGCUUGUCAGCAUUGCGACCGCGAGUUCUUCACCACCGAGGAGCUCGAGAAGCACGAGGAUUCGGCUCACAAGAAGGAGAAGCCGUUCCAGUGCAACAUCUGCAACAAGCGCUUCCAAUACAAGCAGGGCCUGGAACGGCACGAGAUGCUGCACAACGAGGACAAGACGUUUGUGUGCGAUUACUGUAAGGAGGCCUUCCACACCAGCACAAAGCUAGCCCGGCAUCUCUCUACUCAUGCCGGCCAUCGUCCGUACAUGUGUAAAUUGUGUCCACGCACGUUCCUGCUGUCGCAUCACUUGACCAGACACAUGCGCACCCAUUCAGUGGAGAAGCGCCACGUGUGCGAGGACUGCGGCAAGGCGUUCAAACGCAAGGAGAGCCUGGAGGUGCACCAAUUGACGCACACGAAGCGCACAGGAAUGGGCCUUACCUGCGAUGUCUGCCAGGAAUCCUGCCGUAAUCGCGCCGAUUAUGUCACCCAUAUUAAACAGCAUAUUGAGGCGGGCGAGAAAAUGGGCCCGGACGGUUUGCAACCCGACACCAAGAAGAAUGUAGAACUGGACUCUGAUGAGGAUGAGGAAGAGGAAGAUCAGUAUUCCGAUGGGGAUGACGAUUACGAGCCGCCGGCGUACAUUGUGAAGAAGUUACCGAAGCCGCCGAAGCCCUCGGAGAGUGAUGAGGAGGAGGAGGAGGACGAUGGGGAGGACAAGGAAGAAAAAGCCGAGAGGCAAGAAAAGGAGGAGCGCAAGGUGGUGUACGUGCGCGGCAAAGAUGGCAACAUGAUGAAGAAGACCAUUAAGACGUUAAUGCCCAUCCAGCGUCGCGAUGUUCAAGAGCAGAAAGUCACGAAACAAGUCACUUCGGCUGGCUCCUCUUCUCAGAGCAGCUCGAAAGUCUCCACGCAGAAGGAGGAGAGCAGCCCCAAGAGCAGCCGCGUGGACGACACCGAGGCGCAGGUACAGAAGAUUGUCGCCUCGGUGUUCAAGGAACACAAGAUCCCGCUGAAGCACCAGAACGCCGGCCAAGAUCAGUCUAAAGAAGCACCUGUGACGAGAUCCCAAAGCGCUUCUCAGGAAGUUCGCAAGGACGGCGACAAAGCGGAGACCCCGGCGUCCACUCCAAAGGUCAACACCGUCAAAGUGAUUAAAAGAAUUGUACUGAGAAAACCGGGAGGAGGCAGUAAUGAAGGAACACCAGUCGGUACACCCGUUGCAGUCAAGGACGCAGACGCCUCCCUGAGCGGCACUCCCGGCUCGCAUAAAGUCAAGCGAGUGAUUGUUCGUAGAAUUAUCCGUCAGGGUGACACUACUCGUGAAGUUAUCAUGAAUCCGGAUGGUACCGCGAUAGACCCCGCGGAGCUGGCGAAACUGCCGACUGGCAACGUUGUGAAGCGAGUAAUAGUGAAGCGACCGCUCGACAAGAGUGGUCAGAACCUGGUACAGGCGGUGUUGCAGUCCGCGGAGCAACGUCAGAAAACCGGGGAUGCCGUUUUGAAUGAGAAAUUCGAGCUGAAGACUUCAGCGUCGUCCAGCGGCGACACGCCGAAGAGCUCGGCCGCUCCGCAAAAGACGCAGUUGAUCGCCCAGGGCCAGGACCAGGAGACCAAGGUGAAGCUGGAGCAGUUGGAGAAGCGAGUGGAACAGCAGAGGCUGAAGAUCGAGGAGCUGCAGGCGCGAAAAGCGCAGCAGGACUACGAAGCGAUUGACGAGAUGCUGCCGGAGCGACAUGACGAGUCCGAGGAUGAGCAGCAGCUACCGCUCAAGAGAGUGUUCGUGAAACGGAAACAGAGUAUAUACGACGAGGAGCGGGAGUACAAUGACGACGCGGACGCGACAAAGAGCGAUCCGACUCAAGUAGAGAAAGAGGAGACGGAGCAAGUAGUGGUGAAGCAAGAGGAGGAUCCCGUCGCGGAGGAGACGCUGGAGGAUGUUCAGAAAGAAAUCCAGAGCACGGCGAAAACGACGGUGAGCGGUAGCAGUACCACGCCAAGUGGUUCCCCGUCGAAGAAGGGCCCGACGAUCUCCAGCAACAAGGUUUAUUCGAACAAGCGUUACAUGAUCGUGAAGCCUAGCGACACGUCGGAGGUGGAGGAGAUGAAUCGCGAAUUGUGCAGCAUUUUCGAGACUACUGACACCGUAGUGAAGAUGCAGGAAACGGUUCUGAGCAAUCUCACGCAAAUUUCUGGCAUCGCGGCGCCGUCAGACGCGAAGCAAAAGACAGACUCGGCGAUGGAGGUCGACGAGCAGGUGGAUCAGGACGGCGCAAUGAACGAGCCGACCGUUAAAGAGGAGGCGGAGAUGGAGGUUGAGGUCGAACAAGAGACGGAGCUCAAGUUGGACGCCGAGAUAGAGGAGGCUUCGCAGGUGAUACAGGAGGAGGUUCAGCCGGAUCCGAGCGCUAUCGCGCUGGACAAUCAGGACCUCUCCGAGACCGCCUCGAUCUUCGAGACGUCGGACGACAUUCUGGAGGUGCGGAAAUCGACGGGCGGCAAUCUGAGCGACUCCGUCAUCGAGUUGUCGCAGGGCAACAGCACUAUUAAUUUGAACGAUACUAACGAUAGCCAGGACAGUCUGGAGGACAAGCUCUCGCAGAUGGAAGGUUGAAGGAGAAGUAAAACUCGGAAAGAGAGUUGCAACAUUUGGACAACGUAUCUUAUUGAUCUUACCGGUAUCUUAUCUGACCUACCUUGAUAUCGCAAAAUUUGAUUCACGCUGUUCUCGAAGUGAAGCGCACCUUCUGAACUUCCGGAAGGAGCUUCGAUCCUAUUUGUCCGCCGUCAUUUCGAAUAUUAUUGCUCUCGGUACAUUCGCAAUGAGAGGACAAUUGUAAAUAUAAUGGUCAGCCACCGGAUGGUUCAAUUUUAUUGGCCCCGACUUGCGAACUGUAUCGCAACUGUGAGAAAUAUGUACAUACCGUGCCUCCUAGCGGUUUCCUUCAUUCGCAUUCACGUUCGCUUUCGUUAACCAAACAAAGGGAAAGAAAGAAAAAAAAAUUAUCCGAUCCCUUGAUCGUACAGUCAUCGGAUUCGUCUUCUUUUUUUGUUAGCGUUUAAGGAUUAGUACGUAGCCAGGGCCAGUUGCAUCGACCGGUUGUCAUUCGCCCGGAACGCCUCCCUUCGAUCAAUUAAGUCGCUUUUCCUAUAUUUAAUUAUGAUACAAUUGAUUUUAAUACAAUGUAAUUGAGAUGUCGAUAUCUAAUAUCUGAAGAGGUUAGAAUAAUUCGACUAUUUUAGAUUAUAGUUUCGCUAUUGUGUUCGAAAUAACAGCAAAAGAGUGAAAAAUUAGUCUUUGAAAGUCUAACCGAUUUUUUUAACGUUAAUUGAAAUUAACGCGAGUCGCUGUAUUGAAGGCGAUCGGUUUAUUUACGAUUAAAAUUAUUCCGUUUUUCUGCUUCUACAUUUAAAAUAAUUACAGACUUUACAAUAUGCGAUCUGUUUUUUUUUCUCUUUUUUUUUGCGUUUUCUUAUUGGUGCAACGGACUCUGAUUCUGCAAGUCAACACAUUUACAUUAUAACGUUGGGAACAUAAGAGAUAAUGAAUUACAGAUAUAUUUACAGUAAUAUCAUAUUCAGAAUUAUUUCGUUAAACGGUAGUUGAAACGGUAACACGUAGGUUAUCCGAUAUUCUGCAAGACACUUGGAACUAUAUAUGAAAUACAAAAGUGUGUAAGUGUAGAAA